AUGCAGCGCCCGCUGCAUGGGGAUGCUGAACCGCUCGGCAUUCGUGUUGCAGCCAGGAGUAACAGAGUGCGCGCCAAACAAAAGGCUGCUGUGAGACCACAUGCGGCGGGGGCGGGAGCUCAGGUGCCCUUGCGCAGUCGAACGCUUGUAGCGCCACGGUUGCAGCUGCGCACCUACCAUGACAACGCAGCGAUGCGUGAGGCGCUGGAGCAGCUAAAACAGGCAUGUGGCCUCUUUCCUCUUGACGAGGUGGAAGAAAUGGAAAAGAUGAACCCUACGCAUGCCAUUGCUGGCUCCGCACACCCGCAACUCAACCAAAUGCCUGGUCACGUGAUUGUUCAGUGUUUCACGUAUUGUGACUUGGACUCGCUUUGCGAGUUGGGGUGCGUCAGUCGCCGUUUUGCCGCCCUGUCCAACGCUCACCUUUUAUGGGAAGUUCACGCCCGCCUGCGAAAUGUGUCAAUGCGUGCGCCGGAAUCUGCCCGAGAAGAUCUCCGGCGCGCGGUGGUGGAGCGGCACGAGAGGUGGCAGGCGGAAGUAGAGCGGCAUGAACGCGAAUACGAAGCGCUAGAACGCCGCUUGCGUGAGCGCACUGCCGCUGAUCUCGCCGAUCCAAUAGACGUGGAGGCUGCCCUCGCAAGCACUCAUCCUAGAGGAUUGCUUGGGAAUCACGGCGACAGCCGAGCGGCUCACAGCGCUGCAGUUAUGCAGGAGCUCUCUGCGCAAUUGGAACAACUUGAGUCGGUGAAACUAGAUGUACUUCGCGGCGUCCGCGAAUUAAAAUCGGCGCUGUCCCAGCAGCAGCAGCAGAUUGAAGAGUUGCAGAAGAGGGUGACCGAGACUGGGGAGACGGAAGACGAGGAGGGUAACGCCACAACCGCAAACGAAGUAAAUGGGCUCACCUUUUUGACUGUUAGGGCCUUUGAACGCCGUAUCUGCCGAAUCGUGUUGGGUGUCGACAGUGAUCUUCCUCUUGUGCUGAGAAGAGGAAUCGACGAGUUUGGCACCAUGGAACUGCUGUGCCUCCACGGUGCUGGUGAUGUGGGGCGACGUGUGCGGCAGCGUUGGGCCGCCUUCAAGCGAUUUUUUCCCCCAAUGUCGGAAGAUUACGGAACCGUAAGGGCGUUACUUAUGGCUGGGGAGUCACCGUCUUCAACUCGAGCGCGCGAAAGCCUGGCCCGUCUAGGGGGUGUGAUUCGCCGUGUGCAGCAGAUGACAGACAACGAAAUUGUGCAGAUUAUUUUGUAA